GGAGCCACGGUGCGCUGCGGCAGGAUGGACGCACGCGGGGGCGGGGCCGCGCCUGCGCAGACCUCCCUGUUAUGGCGGCCGCCUAGGUCCCACCGAGAGGGUGGUCGGGUGGGACUCCAAGCUGGGCCCUGCGCUGCUGGAUUCUCUUCCCUGGCCAAGUCUCUGAGACCUCCUCCCAGGGUGAUGCAAAGCUACUGACUGUCUACCAGCUUGGACCUGUCUGCACUGUUUCCUCUGGGACCUGCCAUACUGAGAACCUGCUCUCACCUCGGAGGGGCUCCUGUCCCAGGACUAAGGUGGAGCCUGGGCCAUGGUGCAGCUGGCUCCUGCUGCAGCCAUGGACGAAGUCACCUUUAGAAGUGAUACUGUGCUGUCAGACGUCCACCUCUACACCCCAAAUCAUAGACACCUCAUGGUGCGGCUGAACAGCGUGGGGCAGCCAGUUUUCCUCUCCCAAUUCAAGCUUCUCUGGAGCCAAGAUUCUUGGACAGACUCAGGGGCCAAGGGUGGCGAUCACAGAGAUAUUCACACAAAGGAGCCUCCUUCUGCUGAGACGAGCGGCACAGGGUCCCUGCCAGGAAGUGGCCACGGUAACGAGGGUUUCUCCCUCCAGGCCGGGGCUGACACCACUGGCCAGGAAGUGGCUGAAGCUCAACUGGACGAGGAUGGGGAUUUGGACGUGGUGAGGAGACCACGAGCUGCCUCUGAUUCCAGCCCAGCAGGGCCUCUGAGAGACAAGGUACAUCCCAUGAUUCUAGCGCAGGAAGAAGACAACAUCGUCGGAGAGGAAGCACAAGGCAGCCCCCACGAUAUCAUCAGAAUAGAGCACACCAUGGCCACGCCCCUGGAGGAUGUUGGCAAGCAGGUGUGGCGGGGCGCCCUUCUCCUGGCGGACUACAUCCUGUUCCGACAGGACCUCUUCCGAGGAUGCACGGCGCUGGAGCUCGGGGCAGGCACCGGGUUCGCUAGCAUCAUUGCGGCCACUAUGGCACGGACCGUUUAUUGUACAGAUGUCGGUGCAGAUCUCUUGGCCAUGUGCCAGCGAAACAUUGCCCUCAACAGCCACCUGGCUGCCACUGGAGCCCUGCAUCCAGCACGGCCAGAGGUCACUCACUUCACAGGCUCGUCCCUCUGCCCGGAUGGACCCCCACCCCCAUCUGCCUGGUCAUCUGCUCCCUGCACGGCCUGCAGGAAUGAGUGUGGUGUAGUUAAGGUCAAAGAACUGGACUGGCUGAAGGACGACCUCUGCACAGAUCCUGAGGUCCCCUUCAGUUGGUCACAAGAGGAAAUUUCUGACUUGUACAAUCACACCACCAUCAUCUUGGCAGCCGAAGUGUUUUACGACAACAACUUGACGGAUGCUGUGUUUAAAACACUCUCCCGACUUGCCCAUAGAUUGAAAAAUGCCUGCACAGCCAUCCUGUCGGUGGAGAAGAGGCUCAACUUCACACUGAGACACUUGGACGUCACGUGUGAAGCGUACGAUCACUUCCGCUCCUGCCUGCGUGCCCUGGAGCAGCUCAGGGACGGCAACCUGCACUUCGUGGUGGAGCCCGUAGAGGCCUCCUUCCCGCAGCUCCUGGUGUACGAGCGCAUCCGGCAGCUGGAGCUCUGGAAGAUUGUUGCAGAACCAGUAACAUGACCCAUUGCCUCCACAAGGCACGGCAUCUUGACUGUUCUUAUGGUAGAUUUCUAUUAAAAUCAGAAGCUCACCAAAGCAA